UGCUAACAGUACCGUGGAGAACAUGACCACUGAAGAAGAGUUCAAGCCAUUCAUUCCUGCACUUUCGGCGAUUUUGGCUGCAGCUUUUGCGGUUUUUCGAGACCUCGGUCAGGCAGCGGCUACCAUCGCCAUGAAUGUGAGGGAUGUUGUUAGUCUGGCUGCAGACAAAAGGAAAAGGGUUAGGUUUGCGCUGGAUGAAUUUCUACGGAUCGUGGGCAGAACAUCCAAAAAACCUGCAAUUGUGGUGGACGAGGCAAACCUUGCACUACCCGGCUUGACAAAUGGACAGGAUGGUGGGGAGAGGCGCGAAGCGAAGUCAGCUUUGGCCGCGAUGACACAAUGGACAAAGCAAGACAAGCUGUCGAGCGUAGUCCUCAUCUCCUCAGAGUUUGGGUAUCCCUUCCGCCUGCAAGCUGCAGGGUUAGACCUCAGGGACAUCGGCAACAUCAUUCUCAUCGGCGAAGUGCCAGAGUCAGACAUGAUCAAGAUGCUGCAGGAUGAUUGGGGUAUGGACGCAGACUUAGCAGAGAUGUUCUACAACUACUUCGGCGGCGACAUUUACACCACCAAGCAGGCUUUGGAGAGCCUCAUUCGGAAGAAAGAUACCUUCGACCCCUUUGCCGUUGUGCGAUGUCCCGGGCUGCCUUCGUGUGUGGAAAAUGCAGCGGCCAGGGCUCACCUGGAGAACAUCGCCAAGCAAGGCUUCUCUUUGGUGAAGAAUGUUGAGACUGACGAAGGUGCAAAAAUGAUUGCGGAGAAAAACGUGGGCGGGGUCAUCGACAAGGAUGCCAUCACAUUUGGUUUACCGCCCAUCUUCACCGGCACAGACCGGAAAUGGGCUGUCAUCCCCUCGUCUUAUCAUAUGAAGCUGCUGAUUGCCCAUGAGCUCCAGAAUAUUCCUUUGCCAACAUCAGGUGGUACUGGUACUGCACCACCAGCUGUUUGGGUGAGACAAAUCCGCAAGGACGGUGAUACAUUCAAGCAGAUUGGCAAUGCUUUCCAAGUCAAGGGAGAGUUGGCGAACGUGGAUGACCUUAAGAAAGCACUUAAGGCAGAGAAGCCGAACAAAGUGAAGUGUGACGCAGAUGAAAUUGAUAUUUUUAGCCAACAGGAUGGAAGUUGGAUUAGGGAAGAUGAAGAAGCAUCUGUCAAUCGCGGCACGUCUAAGACAGAUUGCUAUGGCUUCACAUUGCCAUCAGCGUGAGUGCUUUUCUCAGCAGCGUUACGCCUAGCGUUCCACUUGUUUUGCCCUUCUGUGGCUGAGGUGAAACCAAUUGAGAGCAAGGGUUCCCAAUAGUUUCACCGAAUUCCAUCUUUGGAGUAAAUGUAGAGUGGAUGUCGCUGUGGCAUGACCGUGCAUCACUCACAAGAUAUGAGACUUGACACUGCGUUGACACUCUUGUCCAGCAGGUUGUGCACACAGCGGGUGAAGAAACAGUGAACCAAGAAGCUGUUCAAGAUACGUUUCACUCGGGCAAUGUAUACGCCCAAGCACAGCCACGAAUCCAACCAUGCAUGGUGAGAAAAGGUAAGUGCUUGAUUUUGAACCGGCUUUCCUGAGAGAAACUUGAAAAGAAAACGGGAGGAAUAUAUAUUGAAAAUUCGUGGAAAAGAAGUGGAUAAAGUUUGGUGUGCCUUUGACAGGGUUAAGCAAGAAGGGGGAAAAGUAUGACAAAUUUCGCGAAUGAAAUUAAAUAUUACUGUUUUAGGGUGUUCAGACGCCUGGGUGCCACUAGGGUUUCUUUUAAAAAAAGUCAGGUGUUUGGUGUAAGUCUGUGAAAUUCACUUUUACACACUGAGUCAAAAAAGUUCAAAAAGAACGGGAAUCAAGCAAGAUGAACAAUGCUCAUGAAAUGAAGGCAGUGGAAUCUUAGUGAAGUACUAAACUUAGGGUCGCAAACGCCAUGGCGGAACACAAGGUGGGAAUGUGGACCAGUUUCAGCUGAUUAACAUCAAACUACAUUGUACAUUCUACAUGAAAUCAGAACCCAGGUUCACGGUAUCCAGGUGUAUAAAGCACAAACCAGGCGUCAAACUUUUGCAGGUCACACACACCUCUCUAUAAACUCAUAUGGACCAGGUUCAGUUGAUUGUAAUGAGGCUAAAUGCAUAUUCUCCAUGUCUCCUGUCUCCAUGAAAUGAGAAUCCAAAAACAUAAUGACACAUAAGAGAAGGAAUAGGAAAGAGAAGGCGCAAAGAAGAAAAUGAGAAAAGACAACUUGACAACACAUUUACUAAAUCAGUUGGCUGAGCUGAGCUGCUCAGGGAAUCACAGAAUCUGAGGUCUGAGUCUGAGGUUCUGUUGAUGAAUGUGGUCUAGGCAUUAAGUAGCAAGUGAUAAGUAAGAAUUAAUUUGUAAGAAACUAAUAGAAGUGCAAGAUCUUCGUUUAGAAGCGGGCCCCCCGGCAGACUAUGGUGACGCAGCAAGGCAGCGCUAGAUUGGCGCUAGGUUUCUUCAUAUCAGGAUAAGCAAGCAGGAAAAAGAAGAAACAAGCAGAGAGCAGAGAGAAGGAAAAAAGAAGAUACAAGACCAGAAAACGAAGAACAAACAAGAAGACAAAGAAGGAGAAGAAGAAGAUUAAUGCACAACAAGAAGAAGACAAGCAAGCAGGAAAAAUAAG